GGGUUCGGUUUCUCUUAUUGUAAAUUCGAACGUUGAGAGUGAAAAUGGCCCGUACCAAACAGACUGCUCGUAAAUCCACUGGUGGCAAGGCGCCACGCAAACAACUGGCUACCAAGGCCGCACGUAAAAGUGCUCCAGCAACUGGUGGCGUGAAGAAACCUCAUCGGUAUCGCCCUGGCACUGUUGCCCUGCGUGAAAUCCGUCGUUACCAGAAGAGUACCGAGCUGCUGAUCCGCAAACUGCCUUUCCAGCGGUUGGUUCGUGAAAUCGCUCAAGAUUUCAAAACCGACUUGCGUUUCCAGAGCUCAGCAGUAAUGGCCCUGCAGGAAGCUAGCGAAGCCUAUCUGGUCGGUCUCUUCGAAGAUACCAACUUGUGUGCCAUCCAUGCCAAGCGUGUCACAAUCAUGCCCAAGGACAUCCAACUGGCCAGACGUAUUCGUGGCGAGCGUGCUUAAGUUGACAUUUCUUCGACAAGCGCAUAUAAACUUUAUACAAAUCGGUCCUUUUCAGGACCACAAAUAACUUACAUUGAGACUUUUUAUUUCUACAUACUCGCAUUAUUUUCCCCCAAAUAAAAUAUGUACAUACUAGGUCCCAUAAGGAAAUAAGCACUCCUAAUAUACGGCAUUACUGCUAAAAGCAUCUUAAACAAAAAAAGACUUUUAAAAUCCAAAACUUUAAGAAACUCCUUUCUGGUGACCCUGACUUACUAAAGAGCCAAGGUUUCCCCACCAAUUCUCACAUAAUAAAUUAAAUAAGCCUUUU